UAUGCUUUGCAAACGGGUCACUCAGUGUUAGUAUCUGUAAGACAACAGUUAACAGUCUAUUCAAUCAAUAAAAGCUUCAUUUCAAGAGAAUUUUCCAAUAUUAAUGGUAAAACAAUAUCUAAUAAUACUCUUAAUAACUCUUCUCAAUUGAUCAUAUAAUGAUUCACGGUGCAAGGUCAUUCACUAACGAAGUGCUCCGUUACAGCAAAAACAUGUUUUGGCAAACGUCUGGCAAGUAUUGCUGCAUGAAAAAUUUGUGGUUUCAUUUAUGUUAUUUAUUAUCAAAAUUGUGUUGAAUGUUUAUCUCACUCAGCUGUUUUUUAUUUCUGGAUCUGGCAUAUGCAAUCGAAAUUACUUAUACUGGGAAAGCGACUCAAAUAGGUACUUUAUAGUACUUAUCAGAAGCCUACUAAUGUGUUCGUGUACGUACGUGAUAGUAGUGUUCUAAUUAUGGUGAAUUGUGUGACGUCGAGAUCUCUUGAAUAGUAUCGUAUUGAUAAGACAUUAAGCUUAACAUUAAACUAAUGGUUUAGGAAUGGUGUCCACUACUGAAGUCCUUUUAAUACAAAGUUUUAGUCACUGCAAUUGAAAUUCAAAACAAAAUCGCAUACACUUCAGACAAAUGAGUGCAUCCAAUCGCAUCAACGUCAAAGUCCAACAGGGCACUGUCUCCGGUGUUAGACUGCAGCUUCCCAACGGGGGUGAAGCGUUUGCGUUCCGCGGGAUUCCGUAUGCGAAACCUCCGAUCGGUGAGCUUCGGCAUAAACCACCACAGCCUUUGGACAAGUUUCGUGAACCGGUGCUCGACUGCGCUGUCGAACGUGAUGUGUGUUACAGUAAAAACUUGUUCACCCAGAAAAUGGAGGGCUCUGAAAAUUGUCUGUUUCUAAAUGUGUACACACCAAGGUUGCCAAGUGACGGCAAGCCGAUACCGGUGAUGGUGUUCAUUCAUGGCGGUGCGUUUAUGUACGGUAGUGGCAAUUCUGAUUGUUACUCUCCGGAAUAUUUUCUGCAAGAAGGCGUUAUAAUUGUAACUUGCAAUUAUCGUUUGAGUACACUCGGAUUUUUAUAUUUGCCCAGUCAGGGUAUAGAGGGAAACCUAGGUCUCAAGGAUCAAUUGAUGGCGCUCAAAUGGGUCAGUGAAAAUAUUACACACUUUGGCGGAGAUCCCAACAAUGUGACACUUUUUGGAGAAAGUGCCGGAGGUGUAUCAGUACAUCUGCACUUGUUAUCGCCCCGUUCACAUCAGUAUUUUCAUAAAGCCAUCUGUCAAAGUGGAUGCAGUAAUAUGGAAUGGGCAAUGCAACUUAAUCCUGAGGAAAAAGCGAGAACCUUAGCGAAACUGGUCGGUUGCAAGGGAGAAAAUGAUGCAGAUGCGUAUAAAACUUUAAUGACGGCAUCGACUGAAGACCUCGUGGGGCAAAUGAUGAAGGUACUAUCAAACGAUGAAAGACUCCGUGGACUUCCGAUGCCAUUCAAACCGGUGGUAGAAAGUGAAAAUGCAACGGACGCAGUUGUAACAAAACCGCCUCUUGAGGCGAUGAAAACUCCAAAUAGCAUUCCCAAUAUUCCAUUAAUGUUAGGAGCUAAUAAUCGAGAGGGUACUAUCAUGUUGUUAGAUGCUAUUAAAAAACUGGACGUGUAUGAUAAAGAUCUCACAGGACUUAUUCCACGUACAGUAAACGUGAAACCUAACACGCUUGCCAGCAGAGAACUUGCAGAAGAAAUUAAGAAAUUCUACUUUGGUGAAAAAAGCGUUUGUAUGGAAACUCUUCCACAGCUAGCGAAUCUAAUGGGUGAUUAUCAUUUUGUUAUUUUUACUAACUUUUGCGCCGAACUGCAUGCAAGAUAUCAGCAUCAAUCACCAUUAUUUUACUAUAACUUUUGCUUCGAUGGCAUGUUGAACAUGUAUAAAAAAGUGCUGAACCUAAAUGUACCCGGUGCUUGCCACGCGGAUGAAUUGUCGUACCAAUUCCUAUUUCGUAUCGCCCCAAUUGAGGUUGCUGCGGACUCACUAGAGGCACGAGUACGCUAUUACAUGUGUCGUAUGUGGACUAAUUUUGCUAAGCACGGAAAUCCUACUCCAGCUGACGAUACGUCCCUGCCGUUUCAUUGGGAUCCGGUAGUACAUAUCGAUCCCAAUUCUAGGCAGGAAUUUGAAUUGAACUGCUUGAAUAUAGAUGAAAAGCCCUGGAUGAUCAAAAAUCCGGAUAAAGAUCGAAUUGACUUUUGGCGAAGAGUUUACAAGCGUUACAACGAUGACAGACUAAAAAUUAAGUUAUAAGGUACAAUGUUAUGCAAGAAACAAAAUAUUAUAGACUGAUAUUUUAAUAAAAACGGUUUUUGCCUAUAUAAACUAAUAAAUGAGACCAGAAAUUGGAUAAAUUGUCAUGUUUUCUGCCUUGUUUUUGGUGAUUGUAGUUUACUCAAGGGGGGAUGCCUACUGAAAGGGCGAUUUGUGAGGAUGUUUGAAGGAUUUUAUUCAGGUAUAGUUUAUAUAAACGAUGUUUCGAGAAAAUGAAAAUAAAAUAACCAAAUGGCUGCCCUUAUGAACUUCGGUAGCUAGUUAAGAGAAAAAUAAACUGAUAAAUUAUCUACGCCCACAUAAUAACUGGUCAAAUGCAGCAAUGUAGACAUUUUCGGCGUCUGCGUGUCUUCCAUUCCAUAUAUAUGCCAUCCAAUAUCCGAUCGUUCACUAUUAUGCAAACGAAACCAAGCAUGUGUAUAUCAUUUCAUAUCAUAAGCUUCUGCACCCACUACUAAACCACGUUCAUCAUGCGCCGAGUGAUACUAAUCGAAUG